UCAUUAUCGCAUUUAAGAAAGGGGCGCAGAAAGCCCUCCAAUCGAUAGGGCAUGAAGAGGAAGGCUCGAGAACUGCAACAGCCUCCCUCCAACCUCCCAAUCUCGAAUUAGCUCUGUUCAGUCGAGCACAGAAUACAUUUACAGACUAAGGCUGUAACUUUUAUGGUUCUAUUUUGGAAUACCAAAGAUACCACGGCAUCUUCAGGCCUUCAAGUACUUCAGGCAUGAUGGCCUCUGGUUGUGCAAUGCUAAAACCCAAUUCCUGUAACCCAGUGACACCAAAGUUUACUUUUACAUGCUUUUCUCAAGUGCCUAUCAAAGGGGCUUGUUCAAGCAUCAGGUGUUCAUGGGGAAGUUAUAAGGAACGAAUGUCCUGGACUACAAGAGAUUGGCCAUCCAUGUACCUUUCUGCUGCUUCAACCCCAUUAUUAAGUGGAAAUCUUGGUAGCCUCUCACAUACAAUUCCACUGCUAGCAAGUUGGAACAGGGCAUCUGGAAGAUCUUCUAUGGCUCCUAAAGCAUCCAAGGAUGUUCCUUACAGUUUUCGCUAUCCUCCAAUGACAAAGAAGCCAAAAUGGUGGUGGAGGAUGCUAGCCUGCCUUCCCCAUCUCAUGCCUCUUCAUGAGACAUGGAUGUAUGCAGAGACGGCUUACCAUCUCCAUCCUUUCCUUGAAGACUUUGAAUUUGUUACGUAUCCUUUUCUUGGAGCUAUUGGGAGGUUGCCCGGUUGGUUCUUGAUGGCAUAUUUCUUUCUUGCAUAUCUUGGGAUUGUGAGGAAGAAAGAAUGGCCUCACUUCUUCCGUUUCCAUGUUGUUCUGGGCAUGCUCCUUGAAAUUACUCUUCAGGUGAUUGGGACAGUGAGCCGUUGGAUGCCGCUUUCUGUGUACUGGGGGAAAAUUGGGAUGCAUUUUUGGACCGCAGUUGCAUUUGCAUACCUCUUUACAGUGCUUGAAUGCAUGCGAUGUGCUCUUGGAGGCAUGUAUGCUGAUAUCCCAUUUAUAUGUGAUGCAGCUUAUAUCCAAAUUCCAUAUGAUUAAUAUGGGGGACAAUGAGAGGUUAGUAACCAGGGUCCGUUGUUUUCUCUGUUCUGUUCUUUUUGUUCUUUUGUGUUUCUCAAGUAUGGAUGUACCUUGUUUUUGUGAAACAAUGGAUGUUUAGUUCCAUUAAUUAAUAUUUCUAGGGCUCCAAAGGGGAGAUGGGGCUCAAAUGAUGAAAAAAAAUCUCCUUGCUGUAUGCCCUCACCCCUAGUCUUGAAUUUAGUAGGUCAGUCUCAUUCUUGAACUGGAGUAAUGUAUUUCGAGGAAUGCUAGCAAACCAAACAAUGGUGCAUCGGCAGCUUUGCUA